AUGAUGAAUCCAGCGAUGGAAUUGAAAAAGGGUUGCCGGCACCCCCGUAUUCGACGAGAGUGGAGGACAUACAGCAAGGCUGAGAGACAAGCAUAUGUGGAUGCGGCAGUCUGUUUGACGCGGACGCAAUCGCCGACUGAUUCACGAGUCUCUAUCCAUGAUGACUUUUCGUACUUGCAUAGCCGUAUCGGCAACUACUCACACGACGCUGCCCCCUUCCUCCCAUGGCACCGCUAUUUCAUCCAUGCGUACGAAAAGGCAUUGAAAGACCAUUGCGGCUAUAAAGGAACUCUACCAUAUUGGGAUUGGUCAAAAGACCACGAGAACGUCCUCGAAUCACCGAUUUGGGAUACUGAUGCCGGAUUCGGGCCUAAUGGUGACCCAACAGGCCCGGAAGGCGUUUCGAAAGGACAUUGUGUAAGAAACGGUUCAUUCGCUGGCUGGACACCCGCAUGGUAUCAGGGCGAGUAUCGGCCGCAUUGCCUAUCUCGUGGCUUUCUAGACGUGGCUACCGCGGAAGAAGUGAGCGCGCGCACAGUCAAGCCGGAGAUACUAGAGGCAGUGGUUGUGGACGAAACGAACUUCUUCAACUUCACCGUGCACGUCGAGGAUGUUUCUCAUCUCACUGUUCCAUUUCUUGUUCACGGUGAUUUCCGAAGAAUUACAGCGCCUAAUGAUCCCGUUUUCUUUCUACAUCAUUCCCAGAUUGAUCGUCUUUGGUGGAGCUGGCAGAAGUACUCCGGAGAUAGAUUUUCGCAGUAUAAUGGCCCUGCGCAGUUUGAUGGAGAUGUGGAGGGCGUGCUUACGGACUUGCUCGAGUACGGCGGUUUCCUACCCUUUGAUCCCAGUGUCGGUGAUCUGAUGGAUACGGAAGGAGAUGUGUUAUGUUACCGGUAUGAUGUGGGCGUAGUAGGUUCACGCUGA